AUGACAUCAGCGGGCUUAACUACGGGUGCAAUUGCCCAAUAUAAAAAUGGAAAUACUCAACAAGCAGCUACCGUUAAAGUUACUAGCAUUCGAUUAUGUGAACCUAGUAAAUCAUCCGAAGCAAGUAGUAGUAGUAGUAGUAUAGAUGCGGAACGAUACCGUUUGUCGAUCAGUGAUGGUGAAGAGACAUUCGAUGCUUGUAUAUUGACACCUGAAUUGAACAAACUGGUUAAAGAAAAACGUUUGCAAGAAAAUUCGAUUGUUAAACUCGAAAAGGUCGUACAUAACUCGACAAGCACUGGAAAAUCGUUUUUAGUCUUAAUGGAUCUGACCGUUUCACCUCAACCAGUUACAACAACGGACAAUAAUAAAAAACAAGCAUCGACCAAUAUUUGUCCAAUAGAAAUGAUUACACCUUAUCUAAAUGGAAUAUGGAAGAUUCGUGCGCGAUGCUUUGCAAAAAGUCCCAUACGACCUCAUCCCGUUUGUGAUUUUGAUUUUCAUGAUGCUAGUGGCGAAAUUCGGGUAGUGGCGUUUCGAGAUGAAUGUACUCGAUGGCAUCCAGUGAUUGAAAUCGGAAAGAUUUAUGAUAUUAUUGGUACACGAGUGAAGGCUGCUGAUAAACGAUGGAAUAGUCUCCAUAAUACUUAUGAACUGACAUUAACGUCAGGUUCAGUUAUUCGUCUUGUGGAUGAUCCUACUAUAGAGGAAAGUAUCCCCGAUAUACUUUUCGAUUUCGUUCCACUUCGAGAUAUUUCUAAACAUGCAAAUGAAUCUUUUAUUGAUGUUAUUGGAAUCGUCGAGGCAUGUUCCGAUGCUAUUCCAUUCACGAAUCGAACUUCAAAUAAAGAUUCCAAACGUCGGGAACUCACCAUAGUGGACGAACAUACGACCACCUCGGUAACCCUCUGGGAUGAUCAAGCAGAAAAUUUCGAUGAAGAACUAGUGGAAAACCAUGCAGUGGUAGCCUUUCGUCGCGUCCGCGUGGCAAUCUACAACAACAAAUACAGCUUAUCUGGCCAUAGAAAUAUGAUUAUCAAAGUUAAUCCCGAUGUUCGAGAAGCAAAACAUUUGAAAAUCUGGUACAAUGCUGGUGGAAGAGUUCCGACUACCCAGAUCACAACAAGUCGCCCCGUAGCGGAAGCGUCAUGGAAAACCAUCGGACAAAUCGAAAAUGAAAAACUUGGUCGCCAAGGUCGACCAGAUUAUGUGUCCGUCAAAGCCAUGUGUAUGCAUAUCGCUAAUGAUCGAGUGGUCUAUAUGAGUUGUCCGAACGAUGAUUGCGCUCGGAAAGUGAACAAGUUGUCAUCAGGUCUCUUCCAUUGUGAUAAGUGUCAAAAGGAUUUCAAAAGCUGCGAAUGGACUUACAUGCUUCGCGCUGAACUUGCUGAUUCGACUGGUACAAUUUGGGUUUCGUUUUUCCGGCAAAUAGGUGAACAACUCAUGGGAAAUAUAACUGCUGAACAAUUCGCACAUGCUAAAGAAAAUAAUAAUGAGACUCUAAUGCAAAAUUACUUAACUGCGAGUACAUGUCAUGAGAGAAUCUUCCGUUUGCGUAUCAAUGAAGAAACCUUCAAUGAUAUGACAACAGUGAAAACGUCAUGUGUCUCAAUCAGUGAUGUUGAUUAUAGUGAAUAUGGUCAACGUUUACUCCAAAUCAUUAGCAAUCAGUUUUAG